AUGUCGUCAGACUUCUACUACAGAGAUGAUGUGGUGGAGAGGGGGUCCAUCCCCCUGGACAUCGAUAAUGUCCACAUGCUGCUGCAGGUGGAACAAGAACAGAUCCAGAAGAAGACCUUCACCAACUGGGUCAACGCUCAGCUGGCAAAGCGGAGGCCACCAUGUAUGGUCGUGGAUCUGUUCCAUGACUUCCGUGAUGGCUCCAAACUGUUGGACCUGCUGGAGGUGAUGAGCGGCCAGCGCCUUAGUCGGGAAAGAGGCAGAGGAAUGUUUCAGCACAGGAGCAACAUUGAGAAAGCCCUUUCCUUUCUAAAGAAGAAGUCGAUCAAACUAGUCAACAUAAACAUUCCUGAUAUUAUUGAUGGUAAACCGUCCAUCAUCCUUGGCCUCAUAUGGACAAUCAUCCUACAGUACCAUAUCGAGGAAUUGGCCAGCGGCCUUUCUUUCGAUUCCCGUCAGUCCUCCAUGGAGUCUUUGGCCAGUCUAGACUCCCGCUCCACCCUGUCGAGCCGCUCAGCCGGCAGCAGUCCCGUCCCUCCUAGAGGCUCGCCACUACACAACCGAUUCAGGGUUUCUGCCAAGAAGGCCCUGCUGCUGUGGGUCCGCGAACAGUGCCACAAAGCUGGCUGUUCAAUAAAUGUGAAAGACUUCAAAACUAGCUGGAGGAGUGGAGUGGCCUUCCUGGCGAUCCAGUACGCUCUGCGGCCGGACCUGGUGGAUCUGUCCAAAGCCAGAACCAGAAGCAACAAACAGAACCUGGAGGAGGCCUUCAGCAUCGCAGAGAGAGAGCUGAGGAUCCCCAGACUGCUGGAUCCUGAUGAUGUGGACGUCCGGGAUCCUGAUGAGAAGUCCAUCAUGACCUACGUGGCUCAGUUCCUGCAGUACUCCAAAGACCUGCCGGUGACAGAGGAAGAAAUGCAGACACAAUACCUGACAGUCCCUAAAAGCCCUUCUCCUGUCGACCUGCCUGUUCACUACACUCCUGCUAUUUCUGCCUCACCUCUGCGACAGGCGACACCUGUUCAGAAGGCACAGGAAGUGACGUGCUGGCUGGUUCAGGCCUAUGACGAGCUGCUGGAGGGAUGGGACUCCACAGAGGGAGAGAGCUACUCAGAGAGAUACCAUGUGAUUCAGACCUUUCUGGUGUCCUUUAAUGAGCAGCGGCGUCCCAUCAUGCCUUUACUGACAGCGAUGAGACGGACCCCGAAACUGAGCGAUGAGCAGCGGGCUCUCAGAGACGCGUGGGACAACCUUACUGAAAAGCUACGUGAAUACAAAGUGGAGUUAGAUAAGAGUCUUCCAGCACCCUUGAACACGGUGGCUCGCUGGCUGCUGAAAACGGAGAACGCCCUGGCCGAGGAGGAGGGUGACCCACAGGACCACGGCCGAGCUGCUGACGAUGCCAGGGAGAAACAAGAGCUCCUCAAAGUCUGCCUGGAGGACAUGCCGCAGCAUGUGAAGACCUUCCAGUCCUUCCAAAACUUGGAUGAGUAUGGAAACGUGAUGGUUCCUACUGACAAGAUGGAUGAACUAAAGAGGAGAUUCACCAGUGUGAGAGUGACUGCCAAAUACCAUGGGAUCAAGCUGGAUUACAGAGAGCACCGUCACACAGUUUUAGAUCUGUUGGGGCAGAUCAGGACCAAGCUGCGGCUUUGGAAGAGACCUUACAUCUCCCCAGAGGCUGUCAGGGUGUUGCUGCAAGAAUGGCAUGACCUGGUGAACACACAGGAGCUACCCUCUUUGUUAGAAUCAGCUCUUCACAAGCUGAAGCAGGUUUCUGAGAAAUAUUCAAGCAAAUCUGCCCUCACUGCAGAUUACCACCAGGUCAGUCAGCAGGUGAAGCAGCUGGAAGGGGACACCACUGCGGUUUUGGAAGAGGUGACCAAAACCAAGAGCACCAUGGGACGGGUCCUGUCUGCUUGGGACUCCUACAGUGACUGCUUCAGCUCCCUGCAGGCUUGGCUGGAGCAAGGCUCUGCAGCACACAGCCAUGGCCAAAGACCAGAGAUGACGUCAGAGAUGAUGGCGGAGUGGGGAUCCCGACAGGCCCACCUGAACGAGGUGGGUAACUUCUUGAUCGAGUCAACAGACCCCCAGACCAGCAGGGGCCUGGCAGAGGAGCUGCGCAGACUCAACAUGCACUGGGCCGAAUUUGUCAAGAAAAACACGUUUGACAACACGGCUGAGCCCAGCGCUGACGUCCAGGCCAGACCCCAAGACAUCCAAGCUCUGAUCAGAGAAGCCACUCUGAUUCUCAGAGAGCCUCUGCAGGCCAUGGGAGGUCCCUUACGCACCUACAGAAAAAGAAUACAGUUCAUAAUGAGGAAAAUAAAAGAAUUGGAUCUUGAGGGUCUGGCUUCCUCCCCAGAAUGCCCAGCAGAUCAGUUACAGAAACUGAAGCUUGCUGUACCUGAAGUGAUGCAGACCUUGAUGGAGGCAGAACAGGUGUGUACAGAGCUACAGCACAGUGUGUCAGGUCUGGACAGUCGUAUGGCUGAACUCCUGCACUGGGAGACUGAGGCCAGUGAGCUCUACCAGCUGCUGAGGGCCCAAGACAGACAACAACAACAACAACAGCGGGGCCAGGACCCACGAGCCAGGGCCCUGAUUUCCCGUGGUCUACAGCUGGAGGGCCAGGUGGUUACAGAAGAGCAGGACCUGCAGGUGAUGGUGAUGACAGGUCAGAAAAACUCACCCAUCCAGUACCUCCAUGCCACCGCCAUGCAGGACCGAGUGCGAGCUGCUGUUGCACAGUCACAGGAAGUUGUAGGUAUGCUGAGCAGCCUGGGAGCCAGAAGAGACAGAAGCAGAAGCCCUCCAGAAGGGUCUCCUCCAUCCAAAGUCUUUAAACAGGCUAAAGAGAGUUCUCAAUAUCUGACACAGUCAGACAGAGACAGAUGGCCAACUAAGCAGCCUGAGACAACGUUAGUUUCUCAUCAGCGUCAAACCUUUGUACCAAAGAUAGUGCUGCAGGAAUACAGACAAGAAAAGGUGACUUCUCCUACAAUGCCAUAUACCUAUGCACAAGCUGUCAUGCAGACCAGGACAAAGUCGCCACCAGAAGGCUAUGCUCAGGCCUGGCCAGAGGCUGCCGUGCAAAAGCCACAGCAGACUCAGGAGCAAGGAUUGAUACAGCAGCAACAGCCACCGCAGCAAGGACAACUUGACAGACAGACAGAAAAAGAGCUACAACAGCAAGAACUCAAGCAACAGCAGCCACAAGAAGUGCAACAGCAGGGGCCAAUGCAAACACAGCCUCAACAACUGCAGCAGAAGCAGGAAUGGCAACAGGUGGAACAGCAGCAGCAGCAGGUAGAAAUGCAUCAAUUCCAAGUUAAGCAAGUGGUAACAGAGAGGCCAACACCAGAGCCCCAUGAGCAGACUUCCCUUCAACAACCACCAGUAAAGAAACCACAUCUGAGCUCCCAGGAGCUUCAGAGCAGAAAGACUCAGGCCAUGAAGAACCGGCCCUGGCUUCAGAAGCCAGGCUCAGGAGAGCAUAAAACUCCCACUCCAGAACCAGAACAGGAUUCCACUCAGGAGAUUCAGCUGCAGUCAACCAGAGAAACAGUGGCAUCAGUUCAGGUUGUUACACAGCAUACAGCAUCUACUAGACCACAACCUGAGGCACAGGCAAAGGUUACUAAGCAGCCAGAAGAACAGCAAAAAGAGCAACAAAAACAAGCACAGCAACCUCAAAAUCUAGAGCAGCAACAACAACUGCAACAUCAACAAAAACAACAAAAAGAGAAGCAUCAGCAACAAAAGCCACAUCAACUGGAAAAACAACAAAGGCAACAGGAACAAUUGCUGCUGCAACAACAACAAGAAAAACAACCACCGCCUAUUGUAAGACAGGCUCAACCAGAUUCAGACACCAAGGCUAAAUCCCAGACUGCUACUAUGGCUCAGCCUCACCCACAAACAAAGGCCCCAAGUCAGUCACAGCCCCAAACUACUGCUCAGGCUAAAACUCAGGCAGCGGCCCACGUGCCAGUGCAGUCCGCAAGUAUGUCCCUCACUUCCACAGACCGUCAGCAACCACUGAAGACCACGCCCCAGACCACAGUGAGCCAAGGUCAGCCGCAAACACAAGUUCUUCCACAGCCCUAUGGCCCCGUGAAGACACAGUCAGUGACCCAGCAGCAGACACAACAACAGCUCCAGCCUCAGGUUCAGACUCAAUCCCAAACAUGUGCCUCAGGUGGACCUCAACCAUCUGUGCAGCCGCAGGGUCUACUUCUUGGCCCACCUGUAGUUCAAGUGCAGACAUUUUCUCAAGUCAAACCUUCUUCCCCUAUGCAAGCUUCAUUUCAGGGUCAAAUACCGCCUCCUGUGCCAUCCCACAUUCAGCUUCGAAGUCAUCCACAGUCCUGGUCUCCUGUCAGGCCGCCAUCCCCUAAGCCACCAACACAAGCUCAGAUGACCCAACCUCAAACCCAUGCUCAGUCAGUGCCUCAACCUCAAACUCAUCCUCAGUCAAUGUCUCAGCCUCAAACCCAUACUCAGUCCACGACGCAGGUUCAAACCCGUCCUCAGUACAUGACCCAGCCUCAAACCCAUCCUCAGUCCAUGAUCCAGCCUCAAACCCAUCCUCAGUCCAUGACCCAGUCUCAAAUCCAUCCUAAGUCCAUGGCCCAGGUUCAAACCCAUGCUCAGCCAACGGCCCAGCCAAGUCAUACCCAACCUUCAGCUCAACAGACCCAAGCUCCUCAUGUAGUCCGGCCUCAGGGUCCUAUUCAGCCGAUGACUCAGUAUCCCGCACAUGCUCAGCCCGAGGUCCAGCACCCAGGCCAUAUUUCCCAGGGCCAAAUCCAUGCUUGGACUCAAGUUAGAGGCUCAUCCCCAAUGUCUGUCCAGUAUCCACAAGCUCCAGCACAACAUCCUCUUUACCCCCAAGGUUACUCCCAGGGACAGUCUCCAACCCACCAGUGGCCACCCAAACAAGAGCCUCAAACACAGCCUGCUGCCCAGCAGAGGCAUCCAGUUCCCCAGUCAUACCCUCAGCAAAGAGGUCAAGCUCCACAGUCUCAGGCUUACCCAGCAGUUCAGGCUCAACAACAGUGGCCCCAAGUUGGGCCCCAACAAGGACCUCAGGUUGGGUAUUCUCACAUGGGGCCAUCAUACACUCAGCCUCAGAUGCAAACACAAUCCCAACCCUGGGCUCAAACACAACCCCAAAUGAGACCCCAGAGUUCCAUGCAACAUCAACCUCAAAUGGGAGUUUAUAAUAUGUUUCAUAUGCAGGGGCAACAAGGCCAAGUUCAGCAACAGACUUGGGUUCAGGCACCACCCCAACGUCAGCCACAGCCGUAUCCCCAGCCUUAUCCCCAGCCUCAAUCUCAGAAAUAUUCACAAGUUCAGCAUCAACCUCAGCGUCACCCUCAGCCUCAGAUGCAAGCUCAAACACCUCCCCAAUCGCAACCACCACACCCAGCCCAUCCUCAGCUUCCUUCUCAGCCUCAGAUCCAACCCCAGCAGCAGGUCCAGUCCCAAACACACAUCCAGACGCUGCCACUGGUACAAGUAAAACCCCAGGCCCAGACUCAGCAGCCUCAGCCCAGUCUUCAGUUCCAGCAGCAGCCUCCACAACCCAAACAUCAGGUCCAGCUCCAACAACAACCGAAGAUUCAAUCACCAACUCAACCAAAAGGUGAAUCCCCUCCACAACCCAAACGUCUGGCCCAAUCACUACUUCAAUCAGAGGUUCAAUCACCGACUCAACCCAAGGUUCAAUCACAGACCCAACUUAAGGUCCAAUCAAAAACUCAACCUAAGGGUCAGCCACAGACCCAAACUAAGGUGCAGUCACCAACACAACCCAAGGCUGAAUCAGUGGCACAGACUUUACCUGAGCCCCAGUUACUCCCUCAGCUCAUGGCUCAGUCAACAGUCAAGGCUGAAUCACCACCACAACCCAAACCACAGGCCCAAACAGCACCACUACCUGAAGCUCAAUCACAGACCCAGCCGAAGGUUCAGUCAUCAACCCAACCUAAGACCCAAUCACCACCACAACCCAAAUCACAGGCCCAAGCAGUACCACUACCUGAAGCUCAGCCACCAACUCAACCCAAGGCUCAAUCACCUCCACAACCCAAACCACAGUCCCAAACAGCGCCACUACCUGAAGCUCAAUUACCAGCUCAACCCAAGGUUCAGUCGCCAACCCAACCCAAAGCCCAAACACUGCCACAGCCCCAACUUCAGGCUCAGUCACCACCACUACCCAAGGCCCAAACUGGACCACAGUCUAAGGCUCAGUCACCCCCACAUGCCAGACCUCAGACCCAACCACCUCCACAGUCAAAACCUCAAACUCAGUCUCCUCCGCAACCCAAACCUCAACAGCCCCAAACUGUUCUCCUCCCCCAGGUCAAUGUGCUGCCUCAGUCCCUGUCAGAGUCACCAGAACUAUGCAUGAAACCUCCGGCCCUGGCCCAGGCGCCUCCCCAGGCCUACACAGAGGCUUAUGCCAAGGCCCAGGCUUUGGCCAGAAAUGGCUUUGAGGAGGCCAAGCACUGUCUGCAGGAGCAUAUCAUGGAAUGCAUUAAUGUGUUUAAAGACAAAUCUUUAUCGUCUGAGCCAGCAUCAGUGAAAGAGGAGACCCUGAAGACCCUGGACCCUGAGUUGCUUGAGGAGUUCUUGAGGGCAGCCAAAGGCAUGGAGGCCUUUUGUACCCCGUCACAGCUCAGAGACAUGGAGUUCUUCACCCAGUCUGUCAUGACACAGUGGGAGGCUUGUUUCUCAGCCGAGGGCAGCUUUGCCCAAGCAGGGCAGCACCUCGAGGCCUUGAAGGAGCUGUGUGACACCCUGAGCCCUGAGGAUGCUCACCGCCUGGCCCAGACUCAGCUGAGGGAAUGUGAGACGAGGCUGGCUGCCAUUCAGCGACAGUUCAGCGGAGACCAAGACGCGCCACUCCCUGAUUCGAGGAUUCCUGUUGCCUUCAGUGAGGAUCUGACCGCACAAAAGGAACCCACAAGACCAAGUGACAAACCUCUGGUCUCAGCUGAGGUGUUGCCAGUGAAGACAGCUGGUGUAGCGAAGAGGGAGGUUGAAAAGCACCCUUCUGUGGACGAUGAAGUCACCAAAAAGGAGGCUUUGGAAAGAUAUGAGAACUGUAAAAGGGCUCUGCAGGCACAACUGGCUAAAAAUGAACAGAGCAUCGAGGAUGUCCCCUCUGACUCUGUCUCUCUGAAAGGUCUGCAUACACGGCUCCAGGAAAUACAGUUCUUGAGGCAAGAGACAGAGUCUCUGUGGUCUGAGUAUGCGAACCAGUGCUCUCAGUGUUCCCAGUUGAGCGGGAACACUGGUCUGGAGCAAGAGAAGGCUGAGCUGCAGGAGCAGUGGCGCAGCCAACAGUCCAAACUUCAGAAGAGGGGUAGCUCGCUAGGCGCCGCCCUCAGACAGAUCGACUCCACCGAGAACCACAUGGUGGACUUCACUGACCGUCUGGACCGCUACCUGAGACAGCCCAAAGACGUCACUGCCUUCACACUGGCCAACACCAACAUCCUGAAAGAUAUCAAGGAACUGGAUGACAACAUUCAGAGCGAGCUGGACCAGCUGUCCCGUCUAGACCCUGAAUCCAGCGAUCUGGACCCCAGAGACAGUUGUCCUCUGUCCCGAGAAGUUGAGACUCACAAAGCCAGCCUGGAUCAGCUCCGACAGCAGGUCCGGAAGAGCGAAGCAGCCGCACGUGCCCUCGACCGCUUCCUCAUGUCAUUGCGCACUGUGGAUGAAGACAUCUCUGGAGUCCAGGGCGCCCCCUGCAGUGACCCUGUGGUACUGCAGGACUGUCGCUCCAAGCUGGGUCUGAUCAGGCAAAGCAUUGACAGUCUUAAGGAGAAGGCGCCUCAGCUGGAUGUGCUCCUGCAGGGCGCCAGGCUGACAGUCACCAGGGAAGGUGUCCCGGCCUCCUGCCUGGACAUGGUGACCGCUCUGCUGAGGAGGCUGGAGGAGGCUGACAGCGGGCUGGCCGGACAGCAGAAGGGUCUCCAGAAGGAGACACAGAGCAAAUCACUGGGCCUGAGGAAGAGGACGCUGCUGGGGGAGCUGAGUAAGCUGCAGGAAACAAUAGAAACACAAGGCCUGAAGGAGCCCACCAUACCUGCUGUACAAAACAGGCUACGUGCCCUGUCAGAUUUGGACGGUCAGGUGCAGGCGCAGCACGCAGAGCUCAAGAACCUCCGUGAACUUCAGGAGAAACAGGGAGGAGAAGAGCACGUCCUUCAGGAAGUGGAGACUCAGUGGAAGGAGAUUCAGAGAGCUUUUUCUGACAGGAAUAAGCAGUGCAGCGUCCUGCUGGAGCUUCUGAAAAAGUUCCAGAGCUGCCGCAGUCAACUGAGCAGCACCAUGCAGAAAGCAGAGCAGACCAUCAGUGAGCGGGCUUCCUACCUGGGCAAGGAGAACCUGCAGAGAACCAUUACCACGGUCCGUGACAUUAAGAAAGAGCUGGGUGGUAUUGGAGAGGGCGUGGAAGAAAUGAAGGGUGUUUGCCGACAGCUGCAGACUCAACUGAAGAAGUUCCCAGACUGCAGUGAGGUGCCCUUUGAAGGAGAGGCUAACACACUUAUGGACAACUGGCUGGAUGUGACAGAGAAGACAGAUACCUACAUGGAUAACCUGCAGGUGGGGCUGGAGCUGUGGGAGAAGCAGCUGAUGCUGGGGGGAGAGGUGGACGGCUGGGCAGGGGCCAAACUGGUCCUGUUUGCUGAGAGCCAUCCCUUCCACAAUGAGCAACAAGUACUCGCCAUGAGGGAUGAGAUCCACGCCAAUGAGGAGAACAUUGAACAUUUCCACAAGAAGUCUGUCGAGAUCCAGGAGAUGCUGCAGAGUCGGGAGGCGCCACUGGAGCUGCAGGUGAUGGAGACCCAGCUGAGGAAGAGGAUGGAGCAGGUGAAGGAGCUGUUUGCCGACUGCACCGACGUCUUUGAGGAACUGGUAGCUGUGAAGAAACACCUAACUGAGAAGAUAGAGGAGUGCCAGUGCGCUGUAGAGGGUAUCCAGUGUUCUGUCAACAGUGUUGAUGCGUCACAACCAACGGUGGAGGAUGAGUUACAGAAUCUGUGUGACGAUCUGGAGACUCAGGAGGAGCAGGCUGAGGCAGCGCUGAAGGAGGUUGGUUUGAUUUCCAGCGUGGCCAGUCCUCAGGUGCUGGAGGCGCUGUCUGCAGACUGCGACAGGCUGAAGGAGGCCAUUUCCCGCACCAAGGAGAUGAUCCACCUGAAGAGAGAGGAGAGGGACAAAGGCCUGCUCAAGGUUAUCAAAGAUGAAAAGCAGUCGUUUGAGGAGUGGUUCCAGGACCUGCAGCUGUCUGUCAAUGAGUGCUUUGAGCAGCCUGAGAGCAGAGCAGACGUGGAAACAUCCCUGCAAAAACUCACUGCUUUCUUGAAAUCCAGGGAUGCAGAGAGACGUCUGGAGCAGCUGAAAGAUCAGCUGGAGAGAGGCAGCAAGCAGGUUCCUCCUCAGCAGCUCUCUGAGUUUAAGGACUGGCUGAAGGAGCAGGAGAAGGAGGUGGGCAGGUUCAGAACCCACUGUGACAACAAGCAGAAACAAAUGGAGCCACUCCUCAGUGACUUGAACAGUCUGCAGAUGCAACAUGACAGCUUCCGUGAGUGGCUGCAGACCAAAGAAAAACAGUCUGCGAAGACUGUCAAUGCCAAACUUCUACUCACAGACCUUCAGGAUGAGAGUGGCAGAGUCGAGAGCCUGAAAAAGCUGUUAGCAUCACUACGCAAACAAGGCGUCAGAGGUGAAAGCCUCCUGAAGGACGGUGAUAACUUGAUACAACGGUACAGUAACCUGGAGGCCAGACUGCAGAAGCAGGCAGAUGCCCAGAGCGCCCUGGAGGGGGAGUUUGACAAGUUUAAUACCCAGACCGAGAGCACCAGGACCUGGAUAACUGACCUUGUGAAACCCCUCACCUCCACCGGCAGAGACACCCAGACUGAGGAGAUAAAGCAGAAAGCACAGGCCGUCCUGAGCUCCAAACCUGAGGGAGACUCUAAAGUGAGCAACCUGAGAAGAAAAAGCGAAAGUCUGUGUGAGCAGGAGGACCUGGAGGAGGGCAAGAAACAAGAGGUUCAGCAGUCUGUCAGAGAAACAGAGGAGCAGUGGAAGACAGCUCUGAAGACAGCUGAGGACAAUCUCAACAAGGCGGAAACACAAGCCCAGUUAGACAAGGACUUAGAUGCUGUCAAAGCCCAGAAUGAAAAUAUCCAGUCCUGGAUCAAAGAACAGGAGCAGAACGUACAGUCGCUUGGUGGUUGCAUACAAGUCGGAGAAAAGCUACAGAUUGCACAAGUGACACUGAACUCUAAGCCUGAAGGAGAUUCAAAGCUCCAGGAUCUGAAGCAAAAAUGCCAGAGUCUGUGUGACAACCCGGGCUUGGACGAGAGCAAGAGACGAGAGGUUCAGGACGCUGUCAGACAAACAGAGGAGCAGUGGAGGAAAGUCUUGCAGGCUGCUGAGGAGGGUCUCAACAAGGCAAAGACCGAAGCUUCCACUGAAAAGGACUUUGAUUCUUUCAAAACCCAAAGUGAGGGUGUUCAGUCCUGGAUCAAAGAGCAGAAGCAGAAGCUGCUCCCCCUCAGUAGUCACAUGCCAUUUGAGGAAAGGUUACAGGUCGCACAGGCUGUUAUUUCCUCCAAACCUGAGGGAGACUCCAAGGUGCUUGACCUGAAGACACAUGGUGAAAGUCUGUGUAAACAUCUGGAGGGGAGCAAGAAACCAGAGGUUCAGCAGGUGAUAAAAGACACAGAGCAGCAGUGGGGAACAGUCCUACAGGCCGCCAGGCAGGCAGAGCUCAGAAGUCUCUCAGACGACUUUGACGCUCAGAGUAAAAACACUCAGUCCUGGAUCAGAGACAAACAGCAGCAGCUACAGUCCUUGGGCAGUCACACACCACCUGAUGAGAGAUGUCACACAGCUCAGGCCAUCUUGAGCUCCAAACCUGACGGUGACUGUAUGGUGAACAACCUGAGGAGACGGGGACAGACUCUCUGUGACCAUCAGGACGCAGACAAAGGCAGGAAAGCCCACGUCCAGAAGACGAUCAGAGACACAGAAGAGCAGUGGAAGACAGUCCUGCAGGCUGCCAAACAGGUGGAAGCAGCUGCAGAAGUCGAGAUGACCAUGAAGACUGAACAGGCAAAGCUGAAGCUGAAAGAAUUUGACACCCAGCAGCAGGACACUCACUGCUGGCUCACAGACUUCCAACAGCGACUGGACUUACUGAAGAGUCAAACCACAGCUGAGGACAAACUGCACACUGCAAAGGCCAUAAUGAGCUCCAAGCCCGAAGGAGACUCCAGGAUCCAGAAGCUGAGAAGACGAGGCCAGAGCUUGAGCGGUCAGGACCUUGAGGAGCCCAAAAAACAAGAGGUUCAACAAAAAGUAAAAGGCGCUGAGGAGCAGUGGACGAGAGUCCUGCAAAAUGCUAAAGAAGCUCUGGAUCAGGCUGAGAAGCAGUUUGCUCUGGAGGGCCAGCUGAAGGAAUAUGAAGCCCUGAAAGAAAACACCAAAUCCUGGCUGGAAGACAAACAGCAGAGCCUCGUCUCUCUGGACAGUCAGACAGAUCCUGAAAAGAUAAUCAGCACAGCACAGACUAUCCUGAGCUGUAAGCCUGAGGGAGACUCCAAGCUGACAGAGCUGAGGAGACAGAGCCAGAGUCUGUCUGACCAGGAGGACCUGGAGGAGGACAAGAGACAGGAGGCUCAGCAGACAGUGAAAGAUUCAGAGGAGCAGUGGAAGACGGUCCUGCAGAAGGCAGAGAACACUCUGAAGAAAGCUGAGGUCCAAUACUCGCUCUCCAGGGAGCUGGAGUCCUUCCAUACCCAAGCAGGGAACACCAAAACCUGGGUCAAAGAGCUGCAGGAACAGGCCAAGUCCAAAGGCAGUGGCACUCAGGGCAGCCGUGCUCAGAUAGAGGACAGGCUGAACACAGCACAGGUCAUUUUGAGCUCCAAGUCCAACGGUGAGGCUCAAGUGAUGGAGCUGAAGAAACGAGCUAAGAGUCUGUGUGACCAAAAAGACCUGGAGAAAGACAAGAGACAGGAGGUUCAGCAGACUGUCAAAGAUACUGAGCAGCAGUGGAAGACAGUCCUGCGGGCUGCUGAGGAGACACAGAGGCAGUUGAAGGGUGUUGUGGAGCGCAUGGCGUCCUGUCAGAACCAGCGAGAGCAGACUGAGGCCAGUCUGUCUGACCUGCAGAAGCAGACGUCCAACCUGCCGCGUGUCUUCCCCUGGCCGGGCCUGGGAGAGCGGAGGCAGGCGGUGGAAAACGCCCGGAGCCUGCUGGACCAGAGCACAGCUUUGGCCCCUGUCCUCUCAGACGUCCGCACACAGGCUGCAGAGCUGUUUAAGACCACACAGGACCCUGGCUGGUCAGAUCCCUCCUGGGCAGCCAAGGAAGAGGCCAUUCCUGCUCUGCUGAAAGAGCUGACUGAGGCAGCGGUUAAUCUGGAGCAGGGCAUCCUAAUGGAGAGGCAGUGCACCCAGCUGGUGGAGCAGCAUGAAGCAGCCCAGGACUGGCUGAGGGAGCAGGUUAAAGGCCUGGGAGCUCCUCCAGCAGACAGACAGGGCCUGCACAACACCGUCAACACUCUGAAGGCCUUACUCCAGACAGUGGACAGGGAGAAUAAAGAGAUGAAGGAGCUGGACUCUGCCAGAGACAGUUUACUGAACCUCUGCACCCCUGGAGGACGGGAUGCCCUGACCCUUGAGGUCAGCCAACUCCACGACCUCUGUGCCACCUCAGAGCGGGAGGUGAAGGAGCGCCUGAAGACCUGUGAGACGCGGCUGGAGGAGCUGGACGGUCAGCUGGCCAAGAGGGCCAAGGGGCUAAAGGAGAGAGCAGCAGCCCUGCAGUGGGAGCUCCGCUCUCUGGACCAGGCGCUCAGUUACAGCGAACCACAUAACAACAUCACUCAGCUCCAACAGCACUGGCACAGCCUUCAGAACUGUGAGAAAUCUCUAGAAGAUUUGGGUGUAAAAGUUCACGACCUUAACCAGGAAGUAAAAGCUACUCCUGCCACUGAUGAGCUGCCAGCAGAAAUUACGACUGUGGUGCAGUCCUUAUGCCAGCAACAUGACAGUCUAAAAUCCAGGCUGAGUGACCGUAAGAGUACCUGCACUGCAAACACGGCUCGCUGUCUGAUGGACUCUCUUCACGCCCUGCAGGAGUGGAACCUCAGCCGACCACCAGAGUCCAGUUCUUCUGUGAAGGUGACAUUAGAGGAAGGUGAGAAGUUGCAGGCCAAUUUGCAGGAAGCACUCUCACGCAAGCAGUUUCUGACAGACUGUUUGAUGCCAGUCUUGAUUGAGAAGCUGGAGAGAGAAGGUUCAGAGACACUCAGAGAAGCAGACACUCAUAAAGCUUCUCUCAGCCAGAGCUUAAAGGAACCUGAUGGAAAGAGUAAACAAAAGCUGUCUGAUGUACCACACGGUAAUGGAGAGGAGACAAAGGCAUCUUUAGUGGCACCACCUCGGAAAAGCAAGCGCUCACCUGAGAAAAAACCUCAAGUUACACAACAAAAAAACAUUACCUUGACAGAAACAUCUACAUCUAUUGAGGAUGUAUUGUCAGUUUCAGUUCAGUUGCAAACUGAGGCUAAAACAUCAAAGCCUACUGUGACAGUAGUCAUGGAAGACACAAAAAUAACUGGUCCUGACGUCUUCUUCAGCUCCACAGGUGGCCACAGAACUAACUGA